AUGAAAAUAUGUCUGGACCUAAGGAGAGAGAUGCCACCAAAGAACCUUGGUGAUCAAAUAAAGAAUGAAUUUCAGGGUUAUCUGUUAAAUCAGACAAGGCAUCUUGGGCUGAGAGAGGAAUUUGAUCCUUUGGAAUCUGCACAUAUUUUCACCUGGAAACACGCAAAGAUGGAUGCAGAUGGGGAAAAUAAAAAGCUGCGCACUCGCUCAAAAGGAACCAAGGUUCAAGUGGACUCUAUAGCUCAAGAGCUCAGUGCCUACAAAUGCUCCAUGGCUAAGAGGAGAAAAGCCGAAGAACAGGUGUCAGGCGUUCCAGUCAACAAAAGGAAGUCCCUGUUAAUGAAACCCCGUCACUACAGCCCCAGCUUGGAAUGCAAAGAAGAAAAUGAAGACAGGACGGAUUUACAAGAAGAGAUCGGUGUCCUCGAAAGUGGCUCAACUCCAGAAGAAAGUACUCCAAAAUCAUCUGAGGAAACCCUUCAUUUAGGUGGGCAAGAAAAUUCCAGUCAAAGAAAAGAUAACUACUCCAGCUAUCAAGAUGCAGUAGCCAAAUCUUUGAUGAACAUGGGAAAACUAGCAAAAGAUGCACCCAGUCAAACAGUGACAGAAAAUCUAAAUGAUAGCGGCAUUCAAUCCUUAAAAACAGAAAGUGAUGACACUGAUGAAUGUUACAUGAUUAACUCAUCUGAAGAAAAGGAAAAGACUGUUAUUUCUGACCCAAAAUACUGUUCAUCUGAGGAAAAUGAAAGUAACUCUGAAAUUAUGGACGAGUGGGAUAGCUCCUCAAAUUUCUCAGAAGAAACUAGUGUAAAGCCUCAUGUAAAGAAGUAUAUAGUAGAGUGUAAUCAACCUAGCAUCCUGGAAGUCCCAGAAAUUAAGAAGGAAGAAGUAGAAUUUGGCCCUUGUGAAACACUUUGUGACUCAGAAACAGAGUUAAGAGCACCCCAGGAGUCUCACCCAGAUCCUUUCGAGAAGAGAAUUCAGAAUCCCUUCCCUGAAAGUGAAGAAGAUGACAACGAGUGCCUGUCAGAAACCACAGAAGUGUCAGUUGAGCUGGACAAAACAAAAGGGAACUUGAGCUUGCUAGAACAAGCAAUCGCUCUGCAGGCAGAGGAAGGGCACGUGUUUCACAGCACCUACAAGGAACUGGAUAGGUUUCUCCUGGAGCACCUAGCAGGGGAAAGGAGACAAACCAAAGUUAUUGACCUUGGUGGGAGACAGCUAUUUAGCAACAAACAUUCACCCAGGCCUGAAAAGAGAGAAACCAAAUGUCCCAUCCCAGGAUGUGAUGGCACAGGGCACGUGACUGGGCUGUACCCUCACCACCGCAGUCUCUCAGGCUGUCCACAUAAAGUUAGAGUGCCACUAGAAAUUCUUGCCAUGCAUGAAAAUGUUUUAAAGUGCCCCACCCCAGGAUGCACUGGAAGAGGACAUGUCAAUAGCAAUCGCAACACGCACAGAAGUCUUUCUGGUUGCCCGAUUGCUGCAGCUGAAAAGUUGGCAAUGUCCCAGGAAAAGAAUCAGCUGGAGUCUCCAAAAGCUGGGCAAUGCCAUGAUCAGACUCACAGGACUAAUUUAGCGAAGCAGCCUGAGGGAUCUCAGUACAAUUACAGAACUUCACAGCCAGUCAUCUCCUCCAGAGUCAUUCUGGGGAAAGAACAGGAGAAGUUUGGGAAAGUACCAUUCGAUUAUGCCAGCUUCGAUGCACAAGUCUUUGGCAAACGCACAACAGCACCUGUGGCACAAGGACGAAAAACACCCCAGUUCCUUGAAACAAAGCAUUUUUCAAAUCCAGUGAAAUUUUCUAAUCGACUGCCUAGUGCUAGCGCCCACACACAGAGCCCUUGCCAUGCCAACUCUUAUAGCUACGGUCAAUGUAGUGAAGACACCCACAUAGCAGCAGCUGCUGCUAUCCUGAACCUUUCCACCCGCUGCAGGGAAGCAGCAGAGAUCCUCUCCAACAAACCACAGAGUCUGUCUGCCAAGGGAACUGAGAUAGAAGUGGAUGAAAAUGGCACUCUGGAUUUGAGCAUGAAAAAGAACCGAAGCCAAGACAAAGUUGUGCCUCUCACUUCUUCCAGCACAGCACUUCCCACUCCUUCCUCUUCUCCUUUCAAAACGAGCAGCAUCCUGGUAAAUGCAGCCUUCUACCAAGCUCUUUGUGAACAGGAAGGCUGGGAUACACCAAUCAACUACAGCAAAACCCAUGGCAGGAAAGAAGAAGAAAAAGAGAAAGAUCCAGUGAGCUCUCCAGAAAACAUGGAGGAAAAGAAGUAUCCAGGAGAUGUCUCCAUACCAAGUCCUAAACCCAAGCUCCAUUCAAGAGAUCUCAAAAAGGAACUCAUCACCUGUCCAACUCCAGGAUGUGAUGGUAGCGGUCAUGUAACAGGAAACUAUGCAUCACACCGCAGUGUUUCUGGGUGCCCAUUAGCUGACAAGACAUUAAAAUCCCUUAUGGCUGCUAACUCUCAGGAGCUUAAGUGCCCAACACCUGGUUGUGAUGGCUCUGGCCACGUGACGGGGAACUACGCAUCCCACAGAAGUUUGUCUGGUUGUCCUCGUGCCAGGAAAGGGGGUAUUAAAGUGACUCCUACCAAGGAAGAAAAAGAAGACCCUGAACUUAAGUGA